AUGAUGUAUGGGCUGUAUCACUCGACAGGUGCAAAUAUAUUAGAAUUUAUCUGCUUCUAUCUAAUUCAGAAUGUGGCCCCUGCCACCCUCGUCAUCACAACGCGGAAAGCCUCUCCCCUACGCUACUUGUGCAUCCCAGGGAUGAUAUGGAUCGCCGGCCGGUUCAUCCGUCCCUUGGGCUCGUCCGGCAGUCCCACUUGGUGCCAGGCCAUAACACAACUUGUCAUCACGACUUUGCAGGCAACAAACCUGUUGCUGCUCAAUCCUCUGGCCGACCCAGACAUCUCGGGCAGCGCAAAGACCAUUCAAAAUUUCGGAUCUAGGUUGAUCGCAGCAUUUCGCUUGCUUGCUCAAACCCGCGCUAUCAAUACGCACUGGCAGGUGAAGAAUGUGCCCUCUCAUCCGAAGUAUUAUCUGCGACGGGGUAUGCAGGUCCCAACACGGGGUCGAUUCUUGCUACGACAGCUUGCAAUCGUCGCAUGGCAGUGCUUGGUGCUGGACAUUGUCCAGACGGUGUCGCUUCAACAGACUACGGAACAUGGUCUACAGGAGCCCGCAUCGUUGGAAGUCGAAUGGAUUGUGCCUGUCGGACAAUGGGCAGAGCGAAUAGCUACGCAUCUGUCUAUUUGGUUUGUGGUGAAUCGUCUAAUCAGCGAUCUUGCAUAUCGAGUAUUGUCCAUAUUAUUCGUCGGGAUCGGGCUAGAUUCACCUGCAGAUUGGCCACCAGCCUUUGGGAGCAUGGCCAAUGCAUUUACAUUGCGCAAUUUUUGGGGGAAAUUCUGGCAUCAAUUCAUGCGCCAGCCCUUCACUUCUAUCAGUAACUUCAUCGCACGAGAUAUUUUGCGUCUGCCCAGAUCUUCAACACUGGAGCGGUACGCCAAUCUUUUCGUUGUCUUUCUCAUCUCUGCGAUAUUCCAUGUCAUUGUCGAUAUAUUGCAGAGCAUUCCGAUGGAAAGCUCCGGCUCGAUGCCGUUCUAUCUAGCGUUUGUCCUCGGGAUAAUGCUCGAGGAUGGCGCGCAAACCUUUUGGAAGUGGGUACAAACACCAGAAAGCGGGCAAGAGAAGGCAAAACAAUCAUCAGGCACCGUGCCAUUUUGGAAGCGCGCUGCUGGGAUGGUAUGGGUCAUGCUAUGGCUUGGGGUUACCUCGACAUGGUACUUCACUCCGAUGAUUCAAUCCACGAGUGAUGAUCUGCGGGUGAUUCCUUUCAGUGUGGCGAAAUAUAUUGGCUUCCAGCCGCUCAUAGGUAUCGUUGUGGGUAGUGGAGUUGGCAUUGCCGUUAUGUUUGAAGUUGAGCUAUAA